AUGUCAGAUGGUGCGCUCUUUAAGCCGGAGCGAGAUUACACGAAAGAGGCAGACAAGGUCAUUCCGGAGGCGCAAGAGCUUGCAAAGCACGAUAUACAAAAAGCCAUCGACAAGAUCCUUGUUCUUGAAAAGCAGGCCAGACAAUCUUCAGAUCUAGCUUCCACUUCGAGAUCAUUGGUCGCUAUCGUCACAAUAUGCAAGGAAGCGGGUGAUUGGAGUCUGUUGAACGAGCAAGUGCUGCUGCUGUCAAAGAAACAUGGCCAGCUCAAGCAGGCUAUCACAAAGAUGGUGCAGGUGGUCAUGGGCUUCCUGGACGAUGCGCCCAAUGUCGACGUCAAACUCUCCACCAUCGAAGCCUUGAGGACGGUUACAGAAGGAAAGAUAUUUGUUGAAGUCGAGCGAGCCCGAGUAACUCGAAUGCUGUCCGACAUCAAGAAAUCGCAAGGUAAUCUGAAGGAAGCCGCCGACAUUCUCUGUGAGCUGCAAGUGGAGACGUUCGGUUCCAUGGCGCGCAGAGAAAAGACGGAGUUCAUCCUACAACAAGUCGAGCUAUGUGUAGAGAAAGGCGACUUUACACAAGCUGGCAUACUGAGUCGAAAGAUUGGCACCAAAUUCUUUGCCCGGAAACCUAAGAAGACGCCUGAACAGAUAGAGGCUGAUCGAAAGGCACGAGAAGAAGCAGAAAAGAAGCGAUCGCCUGAUGAUCCACCCACAGAGAAAGAGGACGACGUGACAGAUCUGAAGCUGAAGUAUUACGAGCAACAAAUUACCCUUGCUAAACAGGAAGACAAAUACUUGGAAGUCUGCAAGCACUACAGACAGGUUCUCGACACGGAGUCUGUUGAGGAGAAUCCUGAACAGCUACGUGCAGUCUUGCAAAGAGUCGUCUAUUUCAUACUUCUCGCACCAUACGACAACGAGCAGAGCGAUCUCCUUCAUAGAAUCCAACAAGAUAGCCGAUUAUCACAAGUCUCCGAAGAAGCUGCAUUGUUGAAGCUUUUUACCGUACAUGAGUUGAUGCGGUGGCCCAUGGUUGACGAGCAAUUCGGACCACAUUUGUGCUCCACUGACAUCUUUUCCAAAACGAAACCUGCGACUGGUGCUCCAAGCUCUGAAGAGGCUAAAGCGUACAGCCGCUACGUUGCAUUGAGAAAUCGUGUGAUUGAGCAUAACGUGCGUGUUGUUGCCAAAUACUACACCCGAAUCACCUUCCCACGAUUGACUGCUCUGCUGGACUUGUCGGAGGAAGAGACGGAGAAGUACAUCAGCGAUCUUGUCUGCAAAAAGACGGUCUACGCACGAAUCGAUCGUCCAGCCAGGAUCGUGAACUUCGAAAUGAAGAGAGGACCUGACGAGGUAUUGGAUGAAUGGAGUGGUAGUAUGAAGAGCUUAUUAGGUCUGCUGGAACGGGUAGGGCAUCUGAUGCAGAAGGAGGAAAUGAUGGCACGGAUCCAACCUGGUGCAUCAGAAAAGGCUGGAAGGGCUGGGGUAAGGGCAAGAUAG